AACCAGGAAGUAAUGUCAACGAGACUUCCGAUUGGACCAGAGCGGAUGGUGAAUUUAGUUAACAUUGAAAUUCGACAUGUCCGCCCCCGAACCGGUUGUGAUGGGCCGUAAACGUGCCCUGCCUGCGUGCCCGAACCCUCUAUUCCUCAAGUGGCUCACGGAACUCCGAGACGAAGCCAAGGAGAAAGGCCAGAAGAUCCAGUACACUUACCAGAAGGCCAUCAAUUCUCUGAAUAAAUAUCCUCUUCCGCUUCGGGAUGCCAGAGAGGCGAAAAUUCUGCAGAACUUUGGAGACGGCAUAUGCAAGAUCCUGGACUCAAAGCUGCAACAACACUACAGAGAGUGCGGUGAGCACACAGCCGUCGGCAGAGAAGUAUCGCCUCUCGGCCGCGCCGACGACAAGAGUCCAGGUCCCAGCAGAAAGGAUCAGAAAAGAGAAAGAGGAGCGACCAAGAGGAAGAAGAGGGAGUACGCGCCCCAAAAAGGAUCCGGCGGUUACGCUGUGCUACUCACCCUUUAUAGACACUCGCAGGCGGCGGGCAGUAAAGGUUUCAUGUUCAAGAUGGAGUUGCAGACCCAAGCGCAGCAUCUCUGCCAGAAAUCCUUCACCGUGCCGGAGAUCGGAUGUAAAUACGCCGCCUGGUCGGCAGUCGCCACCCUGAUCAAGAGGAACCUGCUGAUGAAGACGCACAAUCCUGCACGCUACUCUCUGACGGAGGAAGGCGUGUCUUUGGCGCGGCGUCUGGAUUCUGUGGCGUGUACGUCUGAGGCGCCUCUGGAGGACGAUAAAGAGGAAGAGGAAGGUUGUCCUGUGGCCGUGGACCUCACUGCGAGUGAUGAGGAUGACGUCAACAAAGACACAGUAGAGCCAAAGUGCAAGACGUCAAGCGGAGAACGCCUACUGGCCGGCACCUUCGACAUCGUCCUUUGCGUGGACGUCAGCGAGACGACCGGUGGCAGCCGCAACUGCAAGCAGGAGCUGGUCACUGAGCUCCGAAGGAGAGGCGUCAACUUUGACAUCAGGAAGCUCAACGUGGGCGACUUCCUGUGGGUGGCCCGGGAAAAGGUCACGCCCGCGUCAGGUCACUCGCGAGCAAGCGCAGGCAGAGAGCUGGUCCUCGAUUACAUCAUCGAAAGGAAGCGGAUGGACGACCUGUGUGGUAGCAUCAUCGACGGACAUUUCCGGGAACAGAAGUUUCGCCUGAAGAGGUGCGGCCUACGCAGGCCUAUCUACCUGGUGGAGGGACACGGGAAGGCGGCAUCCCAGCUGAGUCUCCCCGAAAUGACGCUGCAGCAGGCCGUGGUCAACACGCAAGUGGUAGACGGCUUCUUCGUCAAACGGGUGUGCGACAUCAGGGAAUCGGCCGCCUACCUGGCCUUCAUGACCACUCACCUCAGCAAACUCUACCAGAAGCGCACACUGGUGUGUUACUCUCGUGAGCUGAACGGUGACCAGGACCCCCGUGACCACAACGCCCCCUUGUGCUCCCUCCAGUCUUUCGCCGAGUUUAACCACAGCGCCGUCAAGAACAAGAGUCAGACAGUGCGUGAAGCCUUUGCCAGACAGUUGAUGCAAGUGAGCGGCUUGUCCGCAGACAAAGCGGCGGCCAUCCUGGAGCGAUACAACACGCCCCACAGUCUCCUGGCGGCCUACGGCCAGUGUGCAAGCGAAGCAGGCAAGGAGAAGCUGCUGUCCGCCAUUCCAUGCGGGAGGCUCAACAGGAACCUGGGUCCCGCUUUGAGCCGAACUCUCUACCAGCUGUACUGCACCAAAGGAGCGCUGUCUUAAAUUGUGGUCCAAGUGAAUCAAGGAGUCUUAGCUGCUAUUAUUUCGUUUUUGUGCUGAUAGAGGAAGUAGUCAAACAGAUCACGGGACUACAAGUUGUACAUUUCCAUCCCAACUGUUGGUUGGAGUUCCUCAGGAAUGUCACUGGAAACCAACACCACAAGAUGAUGUGAAGAAGAGCCAAAUUGAUUGGGAUUCUGUUGAUGAAAACAGGGCAACUGAUUUCUUUUCCCCUGGUCCCCAAUUUUUUUAAUUGAUGUUCUUAAAAACAGGAGAAGAACAAAACAAACAAAAAACACAGUACCUGCCAAGUUUGAAGUUCCAAAUUUCCUGUCAGCUUGAAAUGUUUUAUUGGACUUUAUUUUAAUUGUAUGGUUGUUGUGUGUCUCAAUUGGGUUGUGUCAACCUGUUUUGUAUUUUUUUUUUUUAGAUCCCGUUUUAAAAUAAAAUGUUUAUCUUC